CUAUGAAAGAACUCCAAACUGAUGAAUGCUGAGAGUGUGAAAACCACUUCUUUACGUUGUAUGAAUUCUGCAGUGUCACUGUUUCUGUUUACUAGAAGUUGUACUUCAUCUUGUACCUACAGAUACCUUCUACUUGUACCGAGUAGGGACUGUAGUUUGUAUUUCGCGCAAUUAAUAUUUCACCACGUUUUCUGCAAUAAUGUCGCGGCGCUAGAAUCUACUUUGGUUUGAGUCCUUGCCUUACUUAAGUUGGUAAAGUAACAGGACCAAGAGGACAACAUCAUGGAUCAAGGAACAAAGGCAUUUUUCCAAGAACGCAAAGAGGAGAAUGCGGAAAAUACUAGGUGCGUCGAUUGCGGCUGCGCCCAUCCGCAAUGGGCCAGUGUAAAUUUGGGAUGUUACUUCUGCUUGCUGUGCUCUGGUAUUUUUGUUUGUUUCUAUUUGUGCUUUCUUACAGAAAAGUUUUCCUUCAAGUUAAUUAUAUUGAGCCCUUCCUCGGAAGUGAAGCACAGUAUUAAAUAGUCCCGUCGACAGUUUCGGAAUACUGAUCUGGGUAAAAUUGAUUCCAUUCCACAGAGGUGUUGCCAACCUGGCCUGGACAUACUUAGAAGGCUCAGGAACAACUUCUUAGACUAAGACACUAUACCUCGACUUUGACAUCAUCCACCUUCAGGCCAGCAUAGAGGGUUAGGGGUGCACAUUAGCUUCGUUCGCAGCAUUACAAUGGAUACAUGGAGCGACAAACAGAAAGGUACUUCUAGUACUACAGGGUUGAUGUCUAUUGUACGCUCCAUGAUCGUGACGUUGAAAGAAUAAGCAGACUAAAAAUUUUUACCUUACAGUACAGAUCCAUCCUUCGUUUUUCAUUCUACUUAUGCUCAUAUUACAUUUGAUCUUGUCCCCUUCAUCUCUACUCAGUACACUACUCAGUACACAAAUACGUAAGACACCUUCGUUCCACCCCUUCUCAGCCUCGAUGAAACUCGGUGGAAACGCAAGGCUCAAACGUGUUUUGCUGGAGCAUGGGGUAAAUCCGGAGUCAAAGAUAAGUGAAAAAUACGGAACCAAAGCUAAGACUGAACAAAGGAAGCUAAGGAAGAAACAGAUUGACUUAUUUUUUGGCUUUGUCUUUGAUGUGCGAAUUGUACUAAAAAGUGUACACGGACAGUGCUGAAAAAAUGAUAAUUUGGAAUCGGAAGUAGAGGUAGCAAGAGCAACUGUCAUGCUAACUGGGUUAGAAGAACCUCCUGGGUUCUUGAUUAAUCUCUGCUAGUACAGUCUAAUUCUUCCAUUGCUUCAUCUGAGAGUUGUCAAUCAUCCCUCUUCUAAUUCCCGAGCUGAAUGGUACAGGCAAACGUUGCGCGCGGAAGUUCAUGGAGAGCCAGCGCCUGCUCCUCUAGCACCUGGCGAAGGCAUCCUACCUGCAUUCGAGCCGAAAAGAGAAGCUCCCGUAGUGACGUCACUAUCGGGUGGGGGGCCGCCUCCGCCGCAGGAUGACGGUAAAAAGGAAGGAAAGAGCACUUCCAACUUAUCAGGAAUGAUAUAAAACAAUUUGUCGUGCUGCGACAUAUAACACAACUUGCACCACCUCGCGCUAGGCACAUUCACUCAUCCACUCAUAGCGCUAGUUGAGUACCUUCUUGACUCGACAUCGUAAGUUUUAGGUGUGUCUUCGCCUGGCCUAAAGAAGGCGUCGUUGAUCGGAUCUACCUCUACUCAAGGAAGAUGAUUGCACUACGUCGACACUCCACCUACUCAUCUCUUUUAAUUUUUUUUUUUAAUUAUUUGCUCUUCAAGUGCUAAGAAGAAGGAAGCGUCUAAGCUGUAAUUAAGUUAUAUGUCGCUCAAGAAGCGUCAAAAGAUACCUCCAGAACAGGUAAUAAAUGAAUGAAUGAAUGAAUGAAGGUACCGCGGCCAACUCCGACGAUCUUUUCGGCAACGCGACAGCUAGUUUGUGGUCUUUUGCUGGCGCAGCACAAUCCUUCGCACAAAAAGCAAAAGAAACAGCUUCUCAGAAACUAGAGCAAGCGGAAAUACCUCAAGACAGCGGAGGAUGGUGGAGUGCGGUACUCCUUCACAACAUAGUUUAGGAUUAAUGGAUUUUUUUGUUCUUUCAUUCUCUUGUUUCAUUUUCGCGACAUGGGGAAAUUCUUCAGAUUUUUUUUUCGAAUUUAUAUGCGAAAUUAUUCUUCAGAUGGGAAAUGCUUGUUCAACUUCAACUGAUAACAAACUACAGAUGCAAACCGGUCUCUCAAAAGCAAAAGAGGCAUCUGCAAAAGCCUACGAGACCGUAACUGACGAGCAUUUCAUAGACAGCGUGAAGCAGCGGACUGCUGAGGGGCUAGAAAAGAGCAAAGAAUACGGGAAAAUUGCGGUGCAACAUUAUGAGAUGAGGAGCUUUAGACCUUGAUCUUAGCACUAGUUCUUGUAGGCAAGAACAAGAAGAUGGCAACAUUCACCGCCGACAGGAGAAGCAUCAUAAAAACACCGUAACCUAAAUUUGUCCUUCUUUCGCUUUUGUGUUUCAUCUCCCUGAACUUGUUUUACUUUCCUCUUCGUCUUCCCCCACCUCAUCCUACCUUCAUCUCCCGGGCAAAGCCUAUGCAGAAUUUGCGCAAGAGGUAGCCAAAGCGAAAUAUGAAGAAUUCGAAACUCAUAGUAGAGAAAGCGGCUUUGGAGAAGGCCUUAUUCUUCCUAGUGGACCAGCAGGCACAGAAAGAGGUGGGUCUUCGUCCGUGUCCGGUCCAGGCGCCAACCUAUCAGGGGCGGAAGCGUCAGGUGGUGCGUCUGCAUCGUCUGCCAAUCUCCUAAAUGGCGCUACGAGCCUCUUCGGAGGCCCCUCUGGAAGUGGUGGAAUGCCUCCACCUAGCAGUGAACCUUUGCCUGAUCCCACAUCUUCCGCUAGUACAACAACCCGAACCGCGCCUACUGGUGAUGCUUUUGGUAGUGCAUUUGACGCAGAUAUGGACUUUUUGAAUGCUGGACAGACACCAGCUUCAUCGGCCGCGACCUCUGUCUCCUCAUCACAACCUCCUGCUCCACCAGCACCAUCCUCGUCUACGGGAGCACCUCUAUCCAUGAAUUCUUCAGGUGGUGCACCACUCACCUAUAGUGGCACAACUUCUACGGCUCCACCUCUAGUUAGUGAAGGUGGAAAGAAGGCAGCAGAUUUGUUCGAUUUGGAUGAUCUAGAUCUCGGAGCUCCUACCUCAGCAGUCGGCUCAAGUACUUCAUCUACAGCUCCUACAGUCUUACCCGCAGCCGCUAGUGGGGGAAAGGGAGCAGAACCAGUAGCGGCAAAGAAAGAUGACUGGUUAGAUGAUUUUACUGACUUCUGAGUUUGAGAACUCUGAAAAGAGAACAGACAUGCUAUUAGAGAAUGGCUUUCCGUAAAAAUGUGAAUGUUGUAGACCCCUCAGGACGAAGAUCCAAUCUUUUUAACAACUUGUAGCUUGACAAGAAUGCUAUGCCCUUGUUUGUAGUUCCCCCGAACAUCAAGGCGAAAUCCACAAUUUUUCUUAACUUCAUUGAAUCGAACACGACGAAUCCUG